CACCAGAAAUACAUCACCCUGUCAGUUCACAAGCCAAAGAGCCAGUCAAAGAGGACAUCCCAAAAAUGAGUUUCAUCUACAUGAUCAUCUCAACUCUGGCAACAACAGCUCUGGCAAAAGGGGCAAAGGAAUGCAAUUUUACUAAACCAACUGAAGCUCAGGAGUGUUCUGGAGCACUGGGGAGGCCACUGAUUUUUUACAUGCCCAUGAGUACAAAUGUUCAAAUAAUUUUAAAAAAGAACACUGAUGAGAUUUUAAAAGUAGUCAAUAAUACAGUUAUCAACAGCAAAGACAGAGAGCGCUCUGUAGUUUUUUCAAAUGGAACAUUCAAGCUUGACAAGGUGACAAAGAGGGACGCUGGAGAUUACCUGUUGGAAACAUAUUCACUUACUGAUGGUUUAUCCUUGCACAAAAUCAGCAUUCAUCUAGAAAUACAAGUUCCUGUGUCUGAGCCAAUUGUGUCUCAGAUGUGUUUGUCACCAGAACAGAUGUCAAUCAGCUGCUCCUCUGAGGGAGAAGGAACAGAGUUCAUUUUGACUUUGGACAGUAUCUUACUGAUGCAAACCAGAGCUGGUAGUACAGAUAAACAACACAAAACCAGUGCUCCAAAUGUUGCCAUCAACUUACAUGGUCAACUGACUGGAAACUUGAUGUGCAGUGUUCAAAACAAUGUCAGCAGAGAAGAAACAGUUAUCCACCUUACAAGCUGUGAAGGUUCCAUUUCACACCCCACUCUUGUGGCUGUGGCUGUGAUACCAAGUGCUGCCACCCUGCUUCUACUUUUAGCUGCGUGUCUUGGUAUAAAAUUUCUGAAGAGGGAUACAAGACCUUUGACUGUUAAUGAAGGUAAUGCUGAAGAUGAAAUUAUCUACUCAGAUGUUAGAGUGAUCAAGCAUACAAGAGAAGCCAGACCCAGCUCACAUCAAAAUGCAUGUUAAUUUCCUCAUUAUAAUGCUAUUCAUGACCAUGCCUUGGCCUUUACCCUAACCUUACCCUACCAAACCUGAGGUUUUCAAAGUCUGACACUGUUCCUCUUAUAUUAUUUGCUGUUCCUGUCUGCAGCAUAGCCCUUGAUGUACAGACAACCAACAAUGAGUUACACUGAUACUCAAGAAAACUUAAUGUGAUUAUUCUCAGGCAACUAGUUGUAAGAAGCAGCUUUUUCUUAGAAUUUCAAAUCAGAUUUACAGACCUUCAUUCAUGAUUGAUGGCAGUGAGAAUGAUAUACUCUAUGUCUCUGUACUUUACUAAGUUAUGACCCUGACAUGUUUUUGCAAAAGCUUUCACUUUAUCAUUGUGGCUUAACGACUAAUUGGCAAAAAUGGCAACCUUAUCAAUUUAAAGUAGUGAAGGGGUCUGAAUACUUUCCAAAGCCACCAUAAUUGUCAUAAAGACUUAUAUACGUAUUUUAUGAUAAACAUAUUGAUGUGAUUCAUAAAAAUGUUUUCAAAAUGAGAUUUGGUUUCCUAUCUGUGUUUUCCUAAAAGGAAAAAAGUGUGUUUGAAAUUAGUACUUUGUCAGUGACUAAACAAUAAAAGUGUGGCUCACUGGUGACAUUCA